AUGGCCAAUGUCUACGAUGACCAAGAGGGAGGCGGUUUCCGUCGACGCAGACCGCGACCCAUUACCGACUAUGGCUCUUCUAUAAUUCAGUGGAUGGGCAAUCGAAAACCACCUUACAAAGGCAGCUAUCAUUAUGAACAAGAACGACCCAGCCAAAGCUAUGUUAUCGACAUAUUGCCCCCGCCUGCUCGACGAGAUGCCCCUGCCGAGUCGAUACCCGUUCGCCAUCUUCACACCUCUCUGGGGAAAUCGAAAAAGCCCGUGACGGUAGUGCGGUGGAUGCCCGAAGGUCGUCGACUUCUUGCUGGUGUGCACAAUGGCGAGUUCAUGCUGUGGAAUGGCAUGUCUUUCAAUUUCGAGACUGUGACUGCUAUGGGCUCCAGUUCUCUACGAGCUGCGGAAUGGUCGAAUCGAAAAGAUUGGCUCGUGGCAGCAAACGACGAAGGCACGGUGUAUUAUCUACAACCAACCUUGAACAAUCCGCAUCAAUUCAAGGGCCACGAUGCUCCAAUUAGAGAUUUAGCCUUUGCGCCCUCUGAUGCAAAGUUUGUCACCGCCUCUGACGACAAUACUCUCAAAAUUUGGGACUUUACUUCGUCCACCAACGAAUCGACGUUUCGAGAGCAUGGGUGGGACGUCAAAGCCUGCGACUGGCAUCCCACCAAAGGCCUCGUUGUGUCGGGUAGCAAAGACCACAGCGUACGACUGUGGGAUCCUCGGACAUGCAGGAAUUUGACGACACUGCAUGGUCACAAGAACUCCAUCACGGCCACUGUUUUCAGCCGUCUUCGCGACCAGUUGCUUGCUACAGCCGGCAGAGACGGCCAGACCCGUAUCUUUGACCUACGGAUGAUGCGCGACGUUGCCAUUUUGCGAGGCCACGAUAAAGGCGUGACUACAGUAUCGUGGCAUCCAAUCCACCCGAGCCUUAUCAGCACCGGGGGCGACGAUGGCUCACUUCAUUCCUACUUGCUCACCGAACCGAACACGCCCGCCGGCAUCUCUUCCACAACAAUCUCGCCCUAUGCAACACCAGACCCGCGCUCCGCACCGGCACAAUCAAUCUAUCCCGCCCAUCGCAUUCCUCACGCGCAUGAUUCCUCGAUCUGGUCGAUUGACUGGCACCCGCUAGGACACAUUCUUGCUUCGGGCUCAAAUGACCACUAUACACGGUUCUGGUCCCGCGCACAACCCGGGCAAAGUACCUGCUUCAAAGACCAAUUUCACCUGGGCGAGGAAGGAGCAGAAGCACAGGGCACUUGGGAUAGAAAGUUUGGGAGAAAACAGGCCAAGGAGCUGGAAGAGCAAGAAGAGCAAGACGAGGCAGAAGGGCUGGAAGAUCAGGCGAACCAGGGACAAGCAGCGGCUGCCGCCGGAGCAUUGUCAAUUCCUGGUCUGCCCGGUCUGCCCGGCCUACCUGGGCUGCCUGGGAUAGGGAUGAACGGAAGUACGCAACCCAUUCCAGGCAUUGGCAGCGUUCCCCCGCCACCACUGUCGCUCUUGUCAGGGCUGCAGAACAACGGCCGGCCAUCCUCGCGAGGUGGUCCACCAGGCCAGGCUGGUCACACGGCGGCGGUCCCUCCAAUCCCACCACCAUUCCCUCCCAUCCCAGGCAUGGACACCGAAUCCCUCCAGCGUUUACUUGCUUUGACCCAACAGCAGCAGCAUCAGCAACCAGCUCAGCAACCACCACCGAUCGACUUUACGAAACUCAACCUGCCGCCGGGCUUUCCACCCCCUCCGCCCGCCGGUGCACCGCCUCUCCUCGGCUCUGCGCCUCCCGGUACGGGCAUUCCUGGUAUCGGCAUCGGAGGCGGAGGUAUCCCAGUCCUCUCCGCCGGCAACGGUGCAGGCAGUGCGCCAACAAACGGCGCCCUCAACUCUGUUAAUGCCGCGCGCAGGCGAGCGCCCCUGCCCAGCCAGAGCGAGGGAUUCAAGGCUGAGCAAGCACGGGGCAAUUAUCGCGUGCCGCGAUGA